AUGGAGAUAGCACAAGGAAUGGCAUAUCUUCAUCAUUAUUGCUUUCUUCAAGUGAUUCAUUGUGACCUCAAGCCUAGCAAUGUUCUAUUAGGAGAUGACAUGACUUCAUACACAGCAGACUUUGGCAUUUCCAAGCUUAUUUUCAGCAAUUCUGCAGAUUCUUUGACUUCUAUAGAUGCACUUAGAGGAUCUAUUGACUACAUUGCACCAGAGAAUGGCAUAGGUGGAAAUCUUACUACAAAGGGAGAUGUAUACAGUUAUGAAAUUCUAAUUCUAGAGUUGUUGACAAGGAGGCGACCAACAGAUGAUAUGUUCAGUGAAGUAAUUAAUCUAUAA